AUGCAGGUCUCCUCUCGUCAGUUUGAGGACCUGAUGCGCCACACAUCUGCAGGCCGAAAGAGGAGGCACGGCCUGCGCAAGUCCCUCUUCGGGUCCUCCGGCGCAGCGUCCGAUGUCGGAGAAGUCCACGGCAUCCUCCGUCUCGAGGACCUUUCGAGCGCCGAGUAUGUUGGUGUCUUGGGAGUUGGCACCGCUCGGAACUGCACCAAGAAUGAGAGCUUCACGGAUGAGGUCUGUGCAUCGCCAGCAGCAGAACUCCGGGUCGUCUUUGACACAGGAAGUUCGGAUUUGUGGGUGGCAUCUGACCUUUGCACUUUGGGGCCGUGUGCCUUUCCGAAGCGGCACCGCUUCAACCGCUCUCACUCCCGAACCUUCCACCAGGCGGCCCGCCCGGAGCGCUUUGAGACCGAGUAUGGCAGUGGCCGGCUGUCUGGGGUUCUCGGCUUCGACGACAUCUUCGUGGGUCCUUUCCGUGUGAAGUCACAGAGCUUGGGACUCAUCUCAGAGGAGUCGGGAGAUGCCUUCGCUGCCUUUCCCAUCGACGGCAUCGUCGGCUUGGCAUUUUCUGCGCUCUCCGUGAAGACGAGCAUUGUGCCUUUGUUAGACCACCUCGUGCAGGAGAGGGCUAUGCCCAAACCGGAGUUUGCCUUCUACCUGCACAAGGAUCCAUCCAAAGGGGGGGCCGUGAUCUGGGGAGGUGGUGCUGAGAGGCUAGGUUUGCAUAACGGAGAGAUGAUGUGGUUUCCCAUUCCGGAAGAGCGAUAUUGGUCGCUCUCCCUGCAGGGCUUCCGUCUUGGGGGGCAAGAAGAUGUCCUCGAUCUGCUCCUCCCUCAGAAGCCCAAGCGCGGAGAUGGACCUGUCUUCUUUGGCCAGGAUCGACCGAAGAGUGCGGUCCUUCUCGUGGAUAGCGGGACCACGUUCUUCACAGCGCCAAGAAGGCUCUUCAACAAGAUUUCCGAAAAGGUGUGGCCGAUGAAUUGUGACAAGAUCCACACACUCCCAGAAUUCGUGUUCACUGUGGGGACGAACUUGUCCAACUACAGUGCCGUCCAAGAGAUCCGAGUGCCCCCCAGCGUCUACAUGAUUCGAAACGCCUUCACUGGUGACUGCAUGCCGGGCAUCAUGAACAUGGAGUAUGGCUCUCACGACCGUCCUUUCAUGAUCUUGGGGGAGAUCUUCCUGCGACACUACUUCUCGGUCUUCCAGAAAGGUGCCCCUGGAGACUCUUGGCUAGGCUUGGCGCUUGCACGCGAAGGCGCGGAAGCAGAGAAAAAGCUGCUUCUGGCGCAGCAGAUGACAGAUUCUCUGAGCCGAACGUAG